UGGAAUAUGGAGCAACAUUUGGUCCAAUACAGCUAUGCGUCCGUUCACACUGAGGCUCCUCUGUCUCCCCUGUCUCCCCUGCGCUUCUCGCUUUAUUAAAUCCAACCGGAGACGGCUGACGGUCGGUCGGUCGGACGGACGGACGUCUGGACUGUGCUGGGAUGUGAACGUGUGUGAAUUUGCUUUUUUAUUGCCCGCUGUUAAAGCCAAGAGUCGGUCCCGGCGACGGUCACCGUAGCCUGUUGUGAUUAAGGGCAGCGCGGGCAAGGUGUCACAGUUCAGACCAUCAUGCCCUUUGCUCUUGCAGCAGGACAGAAAGUGUGUGUGUAAGCGCCCCUGGUUGGCUCUGCUGGGAUGAACAUGCCACUGCACCAAAUCUCUGUCAUCCCCCGUGAAGUCACCUCAUCGCGGGUGUCAGGCAGUGGGAAAGCUAAGGACAAGGACAAGGACAAGCAGAAUGAAAAGCCUCUGGGUCAUUCUGCAAGCAGGUCCAGCAAUAUAUCAAAGGCGGGGAGCCCAACUUCAGUCAACGCUCCAUGCAGUUUCUCCAGGACGUCGGUUUCCCCCUCCAGCCAGGAUAUCUGCAGUGAGGAUCAGGACUGUCAGAAGCAGACUGCAGUGGUUCUGCUGAAUUCAAACGGUAAAACCUGUCACGGUUCAGGAGGUAUUUCAGUGACCACCCUCUGCACAGACGGCCUACCAGCCUCCAAACACACCAAACAACGAGACUGGCUCUCCCUGCUCCGCCCCUCCUCCGUCAACAUCCGCCCAAACGGCUCGCUCAGGUUUUCUGUGUCUCUGAACGAUGUGGGCCAACGCGUGGACAGCCUUUGUCGUGGCCUGCACUUUAUAGACCGCACCUGCUCGGAGGGAGAGCUGGAGCUGAAGCCCAAGCCCGCUCAGCCACCCGGCUCAGAUCAAAGGGCGCACAUGCUCAGCGGCAAGCUGGCUGCAGCACCCACACACCAGAACCAAAAUCCAGCCUGCUCAACACGCACCAACCCCCACCUCGUCCCCUCCUUCACCAACAACUACAAAUACAUGUUGUGCAUCCCUCCCUCCAAUUGUCUCCCAUCUGACCCUGCCAUCCGCACCCCUCCUCCUCCUCUUUCCAACACCCAACUCCACCCUCAUCACUCUCCGAGCGCCAACUUUCUCCAUCUCCUACUCCCCUUCUCUCGAUCCUCUACCUCGGCCAGCCUGCAGUGCUCUGAGCUGGGCAGCUACACCUCUCAUCUCCACAUCACCAAGUCCUCUAGUGUCCUUCUGGAAGGCAGUGAGUUAGGCUACCCGGUCGAGGAUCUACUGGGAGAUGACGACGUGUUUGAGGAGGACCAGCCCAGUCUAGUUUCAAGGGGAAAGGUUCAGCUGGCCACCCCAGAAACAGUCACCAUGGCUGGGACAGGUGCUCCUCUUGCCCCCCUGUGCUUUAUGGAUGAGGACAGCGACUUGGACUGCUGCCCGUCCCCUUUGUCAGAGAAAACUGGGCCACUGUCACCCUAUUCGCUAUCUGAAGACUGGUGCAGGAUUUGUCACUGUGAAGGGGAUGACGAGAGUCCUCUGAUCACACCAUGCCACUGCACAGGGAGCCUGCGCUUCGUCCACCAGUCCUGUCUACAGCAGUGGAUCAAGAGCUCCGACACUCGCUGCUGUGAGCUCUGUAAAUAUGAGUUCAUAAUGGAGACCAAGCUCAAACCACUGCGCAAGUGGGAGAAGCUACAGAUGACGGCGAGCGAGAGAAGGAAGAUCAUGUGUUCGGUCACCUUCCAUGUCAUCGCCAUCACCUGCGUGGUAUGGUCGCUGUACGUCCUCAUCGACAGAACAGCAGACGAAAUCAGACAAGCCGGAAGAAUCCCAGGGAUCCUAGAAUGGCCUUUCUGGACCAAGCUGGUGGUGGUGGCUAUUGGCUUUACGGGUGGACUAGUGUUCAUGUACGUCCAGUGCAAAGUCUACAUCCAUCUAUGGAGGAGACUCAAGGCUUACAACCGGGUCAUAUACGUCCAGAACCGGCCAGACACAUGUAAAAAGCUGGCGCUGGAGAAGCCGCCUCUCAUGGAGCCGAAUCUGGAGAGCAAGGAAGCUCUGGCGCCCAACCAGUCGGACACAAACGCCUCCCAGUACACAGAGACAGAGGACUACAGCAUGGAGGUGCUCCAUGUCUGACCACUCAGUCCAUGCCAUUGGUUGUCCUACGUAUCCUACACACACAAGCAGGCCCAUAGUGAAGAGCAGCCGUCAAGGAAAUGCUCGGUGACCGAGGAACGACCACACACUCCCCUUCUUCUGAUCUCCGACUGACCCACUGUCCUCCUCUGGUCGUCUUAUAUUUCCAAAACUCCAUCCACAGAGACUGACAGACCAUGACUAUUUUCUUCUAACCACAUUCCUCCUAUCAGACCAUAUCCCUCCCUCCACCUGUACCCUCAAUCCACACUCCGCCUUUCAUAUUUCCCAGGACCGGACUGUUUUUACUGACUUCUGUAAAUGUCUGAAGAUGCCUGGAGCAUACCACUCUACAGAGAGAUACCACUACACACACACACACACACACACACACACACACACACACACUUGUAUGUACACCUCUGGGAGAGCAGGACUGAGACAAAUGGACUCACAAACGGCUCUGGAUGUCGACAUGUCUCUAAUGCGUGGUUUCUUUGCUUGUGUUGUUUGUUAGAUUUGUUUGUUUUUACCUCCUGUGAGUCGUCUUGGGCAAACCUGCCAUGGAUCAGUAUGUAGCGCCGCACAUAGGAUCUCUGGAACAUUCCAGCUACUGCCAUCUCGGUUGCUGUAAUCUGUCAGCUCUGAGCUGGUCUGGAUCCGACCAGGCCUUGAUCUGGACAUGCAUCGAAGCACUUUUGUUUUUUAGUUCCCACAACAAAUCCCCUCCCUUCCUCUUGCUACUCUUUUUUUCUUCUUCUCUGUUACUGUAUGUGUUGUACAUGGGGGAGAGCAUAUUCGAACUUUGAACUCCGGUUUUAUUUGACAUUUCCUCAAACACACAUAAACAUAAACAUAUAUAUAAUAACCCUCCCAUGGAUGACAAAAAAGGAAUUGGGGGUUAAAAAUGGAAUCAUGCUGAAAGAAACAUUUGAGUGUUUUAGUUAAAAUAGACAAAAUGAGUUUUGAAUAUGACGUCAGGCUCAAAGCUCUAAUGCAGAUCAUGGAAAAUCCAUCCACAUAGCUUCUCUACCCCAACAUGAACUUUCUGAAGGCUUUGAGAAUGUAAACUUUUUUUUUUUUAAAUGAUUAAAAAUUAAUAAAUAUAUAUAUA